AUGACCCGGCCGGGCUAUCUCACAUGGCGGGCGAAGCUCAAAUCCCAGGCCGCGGCACAGGUGGCUGAGCUCAUCUCCUCGUCGCCCGAGAUCCAGCCCGCCCUGCCGCAGGAGGACGUCGACCGCGUGGCGGCGCUGAUCCGCAAGGAGAACCUGAGCGCCGACGAGGAGACGCAGGUCCUCGAGGACACGGCCUGCCUCGUCUUCCUCGACGACCAGUUCGACGCCUUUGAGAGCAAGGACGAGAUCGACGAGGACAAGAUCAUCGGCAUCCUGCGCAAGACGUGGGCUAAGAUGAGCGAGCCCGGCCACGCACUGGCGUUGAAGAUGGACCACAGUGAGAGGGCCAAAAGUCUUAUUGGCAAGGCUUUGGGGGGGUGA